CGUCCGUUAUUGACGGUAUUAAGGAUGCCAAGUCCUGUGAAAGUGAGAUGCUGUCGUAUGAAAAAGACAAGGCUGUGGACGCCGUACUGGAGAGUGAGAUGUGGCAGAGAAUGGAAGAGGAUGACCAAGCGCAGGCUCAGUCAAAACCUGACUGCCAAAAGUUGCGAAGAGUCUGCAGAUGCUGCAGAAAGUUCUUUAAGACCUCCCCAAGCAGUGACUCCGAAAAGGGCAAGCCCCCCAGAGGGAGGUUCUGGCCACGAAGCAAGCGGGUUGAGCCGACUCCAGCGCCACCUCCAACUCCCUCAGGGGGCACCCCGACAGUCUCGGGAGUCACCAUCGGUUUGACAACUAUCCAGGAGAAAGUGGACAGAGCUGAGGUCAUCUUCAGCUGGACCCAGUUCCUGUCCGCAGUAAUAGAAGACGUCAAAGACAUCAGGUCGCAGGGUGGUCAGCUUCUGACCUAUGAUAAGGAUGAGGCUGUGCAAGCCGUACUGGAAAUUAUGGAGGAUGUCAAAAAGCAUCCGGACCCUGGGUUCCUGCUGCGGUUAAGCCUGGAUGCCGUCACGGAACUCACCAAAAUGAAGCCGCCUAUGCCCUUCAAUCUCAAGGCAGCAGUCCUCAAUGUGGCGGUGUCCGGGCUGAACCAAGUGGACCCAGGGACCCAGGAGAACAUGGCAUCCUUUAAGAAGAUGCUCAGGGGGCUGCUGGAGGAGGCCCCCUCUGUCUACAGCACCAUUGGCAUCUUGAAGGAGCUCCACAGGUAUAUUGAAUCAGAGGAGCCCCGGCUGCAGGCUCUGGGCUGAGAAGCCUACGUCUACGUCCUGCAGCAUGUGGCCAGACUGCCCAAUGUGGAACUGACCACACACAAGGCUCUCUUGCGCAUUGAAGAUGACUUGACUCAUCAUUUGAUUGAAAGCACCAUCAAAG